AUGGCGGCGGCUCCACUGCGAGUGCGACAGGCGCUGCUAGCGACGCGGCGGCGUCCGUCUCUGGCGGCAUGGACGACGACGAGCUGUCCAUUCAGUACUCCCCGAGUAAAUGGUCGAAACGAUUUCACGAACCGCAGGAAGUUAUCAACAACCAUGUCCGGUUUGUUACCGAAGCCAGCGAGAGAGCCAGGCGCCUCGUGCCGUGCGAGACAGGCCUGAAGUACGGCGCGCAGGGCGGCCAACUGCUGGACGUGUUCGGCGGCGAGGCGCUCCCCGGCUCAGCCCCCGUGUUCGUCUACAUCCACGGAGGCUACUGGCAGGAGCUGGACCGGGAGAUAUCCGGCUACUGCGCUCAGCCGCUGUACGAGGCGGGGAUAAAGACAGUCGUCGUAGGUUAUGACCUGGCCCCGCGAGUUAAACUUCAUACGAUUGUGGAGGAAAUUCAAGAGGCUGCAACAUUUGUUCUGAAAUAUGCAAAGGAAUCAGGUUCAAGUUCUGGCCAGGGGCGCCAGUCACCUGAGCUACACCACUGGGUGCGACGCCGUGUCGGACGAGCACGGGGCGGACUCCUGCGCAGGUGCGUGGUGUUCGGGGGGCACUCGGCCGGGGCGCACCUCUCCGCUCUGCUCCUGGACGGCCCCUGGUGGCGCUCGCUGCCGCCGCACCUCCGGCGGGCCGUCGGAGGGUUCGCGCUGCUCAGCGGAGUGUUCGACCUGGCCCCCAUCGUCCGGACGUACGUCAACGACGCCCUGGAGCUGUCAGAACAGGAUGCCGGACUGCUGAGCCCGCUCCGCCUCGAGAAGGAGCAGCCGUUACAGGGCUUGCCGAGGGUUCUCUUAGCAGCGGCACAACACGACUCCCCCGCGUUCCUGAAGCAGUCUGAACAGUACGCACAGAAACUGCGUCAGGAGAACCACGACGUGGAGUUCAUCGUCGUUCCUGGCGUCGAUCACUUCGAUCUUGUGGAAAACUUGGCUGAUGGAAAUUACAUUUUAACUCAGAAAUUAAUAAAAUUUAUCAACGGUUUGUUUUGACCGCAUACUUAUUUAAAUUGUUUGGUUGUAGGAUAAAGUGAGACAUUUAAAACGGGUAAGCAUUUUUAGCAAGGUCUACAUAGUAUUGUCACAAUCGUUUCAAUCACCUAUUUCGGCCUCCACACACCAGCACCACCUUGUUGGUGCAGUAAAAUGUCUGUCAAGCGCUUCACAACAGCCAUUCUCUGAUCACUUCACUAAUGUAAAAUAGGAAGUAGGCAAAAAAAAUGGAGGGGGAAAUGAGUAUGGUACUGCUAAUGAUGUAUUAGAAAGAGGGCAUUAGAUUGUAGGUAGGUACAUAAGUAUUAAUGUAAUUAAUCACAUCCAAUAACAACGCAGAGUUAACAGAAAUAAAUAAAAAAAUCAACUUUAU